AUGGCAACUAGUGCUCAAUUGAACUCUCCCAAUGCUAUCUAUGUUUCCAAAACGGGAGAGUGUUAUAUUGCAGACACUUUGAAUCACCGCAUUCGUAAAAUUUUGUUAAAUGGCAAUAUUGUGACAGUUGUUGGAAAUGGUAAUGCAGGAUUUGACGGAGAAGGAACUCCUGCAACAUCAGCUCAACUAAAUUCUCCAUCUGGAAUUCACAUCUCAGAGUUGGGUCAUAUUUUCAUUGCAGAUACUUUGAAUCGUCGUAUUUGUAAGGUUGAUUCUAAUGGCACAAUUUCAACUAUUGGGGGCCAUUAUUUUUAUGGAUUUAAUGGUGAUGCCUUAUCUCCUUUCCAGACCUACUUGUAUACCCCUACAAGCGUUUCAGGAUCCAAUGCAACUGGAAAAGUGUAUUUUUCUGAUACAACGAAUAAUAUUGUGAGAGUUUUAGAACCUUAUUGCCAAGACGGUUUAGCUUAUGACUCUGCGACCUCGACCAGCGUUACAGAUGUUCUUUGCAAUGGUUUUUCCAAGUUCAGUCCUAAUGUUUGUUCUUCGAGAGGAAAAUGUGUAGCCACUAACACUUGUUCAUGCAGUGUUGGAUACACUGGAAAUAAUUGCGAAUUUGUGACAUGUGGUUGGAGUUUCCUCCACAUCAGCUCAAGUUUGUUCUGGAAAUGGUAUUUGUUCGGAUGUAGACAAGUGCUCAUGUAA